CGCGGCAGUUGACUUGUGAACGUUCGUCCGUGUCCGACUGUAGCGCUCUGAGCCGGAUUCGUGGCGCGUAUUCACAGUGUAGCCGACCCACAGCAAGGACUCUCGAUAUAAGACCAUCGAGUUUACGUGUUGUGUGCGAUUUCAUAGCGGUUUAGUGCUUCGCUGAACAGAGACAACAGAAGUGGCAGAGGCAAUCAGUUCGUCACUCCCAACGAAUCAUUUAGGAUCCUUACAUUGUCCUUGAAGAUAAUCGGCACGAAUCAUAUCAACAAAUGUACGACGGAGACACAAUGACACAAAUCUUCAAGAGGACAAAAAAAUGUUGUGCCAAGCUCAUUCGCAAGCUGACAUUCAACACCCCCAACCCUGUCAGCAUCCCCAUUAAACUUCGCAGCACGGCACAAUAUACCCAGCAAAAACCGAACACCUGUAGCGAAGAUUACUCAACGAGAAUAGAUGGGAUAAAUUGCAGUCCGGCAAAUUCUUGUGGUUUGCCCGAGACUCCAAGACGGUGUAUUGAAACAGGAUGGGAUAUGGCACUAGGAAAUGAGAAACUUCCUUCUACUGGCGCUUCCACCAACAGCAACAUCAACCACAACAGAAUCGGUCAUCCCGAGAACAAGCUAUCCUACGGGGCAGGUGGGGACGACGACGACUACCAAAUGUUUCACAUAUCACCACGAUUUUUCCUAAAACGUGAUAUGACUAUGUCGUAUAUGCGAGUUGAGGACGACAGUGGGGGUGGUCACGUGGACAUCGGAGGUGGAGGUGGUAAACGGAGUUGCAACUUUCCACCAAGAUUGGGCAUGUCCAAUUUAAUGGCGAGUAUGAUUCUCAGUCGACGUGAUCUCAGUAAAUGGAAUAAAUCACAAAACAACAACAGCAGCUGCUGUAGUGACGACGAAAUCGUGACCAAUAUGAAGGAUGGAAGCAGCGACGUAAUCGGAAUUGGUACAGGCGAGGGAAUGGAUGAUAGAGGUGGUGUCGAAUCGAGAACAAACAACACCACCAGCAACCGUAAUCCAAUUAACUUCGACGAGCAAGGUAUCCGGACGCAAGAAAAGCCCACCGGAUCGGAAACAGUGAGCACAACAACCACAUGGAUGGGACAUAAAAAUGAAGGAACCGGAACGACCACAACAAGUUUUAUAGUGCCCGAAACCUUGAAAGUCGAUAAAUGCAGAGACGCCGUUCGACACUCCAGAAGUUGGUGUCGCAGCACCCCUUCAAACCCCAUAGAAAUUGCUGACCGGACAAAUAGUGCUACAACAAAGGACGAGUCCUUAUUAUGUGCACAAAUCGUCUUCGAGAAAGUUAAAUACGAUAAAACGAAACGCUACCUUAGACAUACCCCAAGUGAAUCGAGUACCGCCUCAUCGCCGCGUUCCGUGAGAAGUAACGGACGCCUUUUGUCCUUGGACCGUAGUCAAUCCUCUUCCUUCAGUCUGGACGAUAACAGUUUCUCGGACAAUAACCUGUACUCGUCCUCAUCCCCCAGCCAUUCAUUCUGUUCCAAUGGGGACGAUUGCCACAUUGAAAACGAAUGCUCCUGUGAUCCCAACGGUAACUGUUGCCAUCCAUCAAUGCACGACGGUGAUUCAACGACAAAUCCUUCCGAGAAAGCCAUUAAUCGUAUCAACAGCUUACGUUGUCGUAAAUACUCUGAAACUUGGGAUAGUAACGGAAAUUCAGCGGAUAGUCGUCGUAUUCUCUGUGAGGAAGCCUGGAACGUCUUUGAGAAUAAAAUAAAUACGGCCCGAGAUAAGAAAAUGAUGAUCCUCUACACGGAGGAUGCCGAAGAUUUCAUUAGGUCGGCUAGUCCUAGAUCCAGCUCCACCACGCUCGAGACUUGGAUCGAUGACGAAAUCUUUGAUAAUUCAUUCAACGAAGAGCUGGAGAGACACCAUCGCCACUGUGCUUCCUCGUUCGAGAGAUAAAAUUCAAUAGGAGCAGCAAUAAUAGUAACCGGACAACAUAUACGACCAGUUUGUCAAGCUUGAAAUGGAAAUGGGAAGGAUAUAUACGACGGAGCAGUCCAUUUUACUGAGGGAUCAUCUUGUCAGCAUAAUUUUAGCUGAAAUACCGAAUAGCAAUACAAAGGAUCAUCUUAUCUUAGUAUCGAUAAA